AUGGCUGAUUCAUUGUAUUAUUCAGAUAGACUAAAAGCUGUUGAAAGUUUAGAAAAUCCUAGUUUAGAACAGUUAUUCCCUUUUUUAGGAGAUCAAGAUCCAUCUGUUAUUGUUACUGCAUUAAACAAACUUCCAAAACAACAAACACCUUUAUUAGUUGAACCAUUAAACGAACUAGCUAAUAACGUUAAUCCAUCUAUUCGUUGUGUUGUAGCAACUUUAGUUUCAUCAACUCUACCACACAAAGAAGCUAUUGAUUUAAUUAAUAAAUUAUUAAAAGAUGAUUCGUCAGAUGUAAAAAUUACUUCAUUAACAGCUGCCCAAACUUUACUUGAGUCAUGUAAAUUAGAAAGCUAUUUUGAUUUAGUUUCCUCUAUUAUUUCUUUAACUAAUGACCCAGAAUGGAGAGUACGUUCAUUUGUUCAAUUAUUAUUACCAGAAAUUGUUUCUUUCAUUGGUGCUGAUCUUGCUCAAAAAGUUAUUCCAGUUAUUAAAAAUGGUCUUAAAGAUUCUUGUCUUGAAGUUCGUAGACAAGCUGUUUUAUCAAUGGCUGAUAUGGUUAAAAUGUUUGGUUCAGAUUGGGGAAGAACUUACAUUAUUCCAAUCAUUUCAUUGUAUUAUACACAUCCAAAUUAUAAAAUUCGACAAUCUACUAUAGCUGCAAUGGUUGAAGUUGGUUGUGUAAUGGGAAAAGACUCUUUCUCUACUGCAUUUCUUCCAAUGAUCUUAAAUUUGGCAUUUGAUUCUACUUCAAAUGUUCGUUUAACAAUUUUACAACAGUUGGGCGUUCUUAUUCAAAGAAAUAUUUUGGACCAAGGUACUGUGAAUUCUCGUAUUGCUCCAUGUGUUGAAACAUUAUUAAAAGAUAAAGAUAGUGAUGUUGUAAUGAUGGCAAAUAAUUUAAAACCUCUUCUUCAUCCAGAGUAA